AUGGCGGCGGGAGCCGAGCGCGGCGCGGCGCUGCCGGCGGAGCCGCCGCCGCUGAGCGCCGAGGAGGUGGCGAGGCGGCUGGCGAGCACCCGCCGCGAGCUGGGCAACCGCCGCAAGAUCCUGCUGCGGAACCUGCCGGCCGAGAGCAGCAGCCAGGAAAUCCAUGACUUGUUUAAAGAUUAUGAAAUCAAGUAUUGUUAUGUGGACAGGAAUAAAAGAACAGCCUUUGUCACGCUGUUGAACGGGGAGCAGGCCCAGAGCGCCAUCAGGAGGUUCCACCAGCACUCCCUGCGUGGCAAGGAGAUCUCAGUGCAGCUGCAGCCCACAGAUGCCCUGCUGUGCAUCACCAACCUGCCCCUUUCCCUGGGCAUCGAGGAGUUUGAGGAGCUGGUGCGUGCCUAUGGCAAUGUGGAGAGGUGUUUCCUGGUGUACAGCGAGCUCACCGGCCGCUCCAAGGGCUACGGCUUCGUGGAGUACAUGAAGAAGGACUCGGCUGCCAAGGCCAGGCUGGAGCUCCUGGGCAAGCAGCUGGAGGAGAGCACUCUGUUUGCACAGUGGAUGGAUGUGAACCAGCUGACCACAAACCUCAUUCACUCCAAGUGCCUUUGUGUGGAUAAACUGCAAAAAGACUGCGCUGAUUCCAAGGAGCUGCUCCAGGCUUUCUCCCUGAAGUACAAACCUGUCUUCUGCCAGUUUGCCCAGGACGAGGACGGCGGCAGCGGGGACUUUGCCGUGCUGGAGUACGAGAGCGCGGAGCAGGCAGAGAGCGUGCGGGGGGCCAUGGACGGGGCCACCAUCCACGGCAGGAGGCUCCAGGUGUCCUUCUGUGCCCCUGGGGCCCCGGGCAGGAGCACCUUGGCAGCUCUGAUAGCAGCCCAGAGGAUGAUGAGGAACAAUAGGAAAGGCUUGCUUCCAGAGCCAAAUCCAGUGCAGAUCAUGAAAAGUUUCAAUAAUCCAGCAAUGCUGCAGAUGCUGCUGCAGCCCCAGCUGCGUGGCCACGCUGUUAAACCUGUUCUUGGAGCAUCUGCAGGUUUACCUCACCUCAUAAAUUCAGCAGUUGGGCCACCAUUUUUGCAGUUGAAUAAAGUUCAUCAGAGCUCACUCCUGGGGAGCACGUCCAGCCUGCUGCUGCAGAGCCCUGCUCACCUGCCCCUGCCCCAGCAGCAGCUGCUGAAGAUGGAGAACAUGCAGGCAAACAGUAAACCAGGUUUGCUGGGAGAGCCUCCAACAAUGCUGCUGCAGACAGUGCUGGGCAUAGGGGUGAUGCCAGCAGUGAACUCAGGCCUGGCAGCACGAGGAGAAGCUCUCAAGUCAGCGGCAGCAGCGGCAGCGGGGAUGGGCGUGCUGCCAUUCUUCCCAACCCAGCCCAUGGUCGGACAGGCUCUGCCCGGGCCCAGCGCCGCUGCGGACAAAGCCGAGGCGCUGCCGCCAGCGCCGCCCUUCGCUCCGGCCCUGCCCGGGGCGCUGCGGGCCGCGCCCUCCAAAGCUGCGGGGCACGGCAAGGGCUGCGACUCCGGCCUGGGGACUCCCUUGAAAAAACAGACUUCUCUGCUUGGGGAGCCCCCAAAAGAAAUCCGGCUCAGCACCAACCCCUACUUGAACUUGGCAAGUGUUUUGCCUGGUAUCUGUCUGCCAGCAGCAAUUGCCAGCAAAGCCUCCAGUCCUCCACAGCAGAGCAGCCUUCCAAACAGUGUGGUGGAUGCUGCUGUGUCUCAGGGAACUGCAUCACAACAUGCAAUGGAAAAUUAUUUCAGUUAUUCCCAGCAGCCUGGGGAGUACCCACAGGUGGCCCCGAAGCGCAGCUCCUCGUACCUCGUGUCCUGCCCCGAGCCCGGCCCCGCGGAGCUGCCGGGCCCCGCGCGGUUGGCGGAGUCCUCGCUGAAGAAGAAGCGCGUGUAUUGACACAGGGCUGGGAUCCAGGGCUCCCAGCCGGGGCAGGCAGCCGGGAACCCUGCUGCAGUUAUUGCUGCCUUCACUUCCCACCAGGAGCUCCUGCUCGGCGGGGGCGGUGUCCCCAGAGGAGCCGGCUCUGUCCCGGCACCGCGAGGACAAAGGUGACAGAUGUGGUGGCUGCUCUCGCUUGGAGAGGAGGGGACAGCGUUGGCUUUGUCACCUGUGGGACAGAGCACGGGGACUUGGGGAGCUGGGGCAGCUCCAGCUGAAAGCAAUAAAAACCCAGAGGAAAGAAAGCUGAUCCUUUCUCCAGUCCUCAGCCUGAGGAAGUUCAAAGAGGAAGUCUUGAUAGUAAUUAUUUUGUAUUUUUUUAACUCAGAAUGUGGGGGGGGUUUUUUCCAACUUUCCUUUUUCCAGGAUUAAGAGCUCUGCAUUUACAGCCUUUCAAUUUUUAAUAUUUCUUCUUAAUCCUGGAAUGGAGCGAUACCAAAUGGAUUCCCAGAGCCUCAGUGAUGUUCCCAAUAAAUGCCUGUCCAAAGGGAGAUGCUGUCCUGGGCUGCCUUGGAAUAUUCCCUGGGAUUUGGAGAGCUGCUCCUUGGACAGUGGAAUAACUUGGUUUUUACAGCUUUCCCAUGGUGUGAGGCAGCAUCCUCCUUCCACAGGCACGGGACAGCUCUU